AUGUCAUUCAAAUCUAAUACUUCUAAUCAAAUCAAUCAACAUAUUCAUCAUUCAUCUGAUGAACAAUUGAUUUGUAAUAAUGAACAAUGUCGAGAAAAAAUUUUUAAUAAAAUCAAACAAAUUAAUAAUGAAAUAAAAAAUGAUUUUUAUAUUAUUGUUGAAAAUAAUUCAAAUGAUAAUAAAAUAAAUCUUAAUCAAGCUUGA